GAGCAGCGGCCGGAGCCCGCCCACGUCUUUCGGCGCCGCCGGCAGCAUGACGGCCAUCGGGGCGCAGGCGCAGCAGCUGCUGGCGCACCGGAGACCACAGAAAUCCUUCUUUGAGACACUCAUCAGGAGUCUGAUCAUCCUGUGCGUAGCAAUAGCAGUGGUCUUGUCAUCCAUCUCCAUCUGUGAUGGCCGCUGGCUCUUUGCAAGGGGGCAGCUCUUUGGACUGUGGCACUUCUGCACGGUUGGCAAUGACAGCGUCCUGAAGUGUGUCACUGACCUCAGCCUGGCCCAGGUGGAGGGGCUGAGUGUGGGGGUGAUUCCCAUAAGAAGCAUGGUGUCCUUUGCUGUUGUGGUUGCCAUAUUUGGCCUAGAGCUGCUGAUGGUGUCCCAAGUCUGUGAUGAUGCCAAUGCGAGGCGAAAGUGGGCAAUGGGCUCAGUUUUCAUCCUUGUCUCUUUUUUGCUGUCAGCCACUGGUGUUCUGAGCUUCUCCAUCCUUGUGAAGGAUCACCUCACCUUCACAGGCUUCACGCUGACAUACUGGUGCGAGUUCAUUGCUGCCUUCCUCUUCUUCCUCAACGGGAUCAGCGGACUUCACAUCAACAGCCUCACACACCUCAGGAACGGGGUAGGCAAAAUCUAGAUGCGAAGGAGGUACCUCUGCCUUUGUGUAAGCAGCUUUGCCAAUUAGACUGUAAAAAAGAGAGUCUAAUGAAGUUUGAAAAGGAUACCCUGUCUUAAUUUGUGUACAAGGAGGGAAAGUAUGAGUCAGUCUUGGCACCUGUGGAAGACCUACCCAGCUGCUGCGCAACACCAGCAAAGCAGAGACUGGGACUGGCUGCCAUUGUGAUGUGGUUUUCUGGAGAAGUGGAUUAAAGCCAAGGGCAUCCUGUUAAACAUGCAGAGAUGUGGAAGACUGAUCUAUCACACGUGUGCUGUUCUGAGGCUUACACAACACCCGUACUGCUCUGGGUUUGGCGUUGCUGUGCUUUUCUUCAUGUUUUGAAGCCUGUGAAGAGUGUGACACAACUGUAGUGUUUUUCAUGGGUUUGUUCUGUCAUCUGGGACAGAGGAUUUAUGCCUGGCCAUGAUCACUAGCAUGAAGUAUUGGAAUUCUUCACUGGAUCUAGCUCCUCCAUUUUUCUUUCAAAAGAGAAGGCACACAGACCUUGAUAUAGUCAUAUGUUUUGGGUUUUGUUGGAGUGUUCCUUGUAUCUGUCCCUUUCUCAGUCAGUUUUUGGGGUCCACUUCAAACAGAGGUGCUGACUUGGGGUUAGGGGAAGGCACUGGGUGAUGCAGGGGUACAGGGAAGGGUUGUGAUGCUUUCCUCAGGCAGCAGUGCAUGUUCCUGUGCUUGUGGCCUCUCCCCACUGUCAUCACUCUUCUGCCACACCUAAAGGACACGUGCCAAUUGGUCACCCAAACUGGCUCCAUCACAGCCCUUGCAAAGUUCAUGGUAACAGGGCAAUGCUCUUGAUUUCUUUUUUUACCUCUCUGGAGCAAGAGGAACAAGCUCUGCAGGGGCUUCCUGUGGCACUGUGGCUGGGCAGACCAUGCUGAGACCACCAUACCUUCUGGGGCGUGUUUUGGUUGUCAGGGUGUCCACUGGGGCAGUGGGAAAUCUGCUUAUCCUGUAGCUGAGAGUCUCCGGUAGCAUUUCUUAUGGGAGGAGAAAGCUCUAAAUCUUCCAGACCAGACCAAGUCCUUUUCUUCCCCUGACUAACAGCCUGGGAGGAGAAGAGCCCAUGAUUGCCUAAGGAGGGGCUAAUGGGUGCAGCUCUAAUCUGUCGCAGCUGGUGGAAAUACAGAGAGACCUGGCCAAAAUCAUAUUAAGGCUGGUCUUCCUCCUGCCAAUGUCUGAGUCAAGAUCUCUAUAAUUGCUACAGCUUUGAAGUUGCCCAUGGUGUCUUAUGCAAUAGGAGAGAAGACCUCAGAGGUUGGUUGCUCCAUGUGUCCUCCCUGUCCACCAUACAACAUUUGGAUGCCCACGGAUAUAAAUGUCUUCAGAGUAUUUCAGGGUUUCUGGUUUACUGUUUAUCUUGUAUCCACUGGCAAAGCUGCUUGUAUUUUUGUUUUAGAACAAAUGUUUCUAUGUGUUCAUCCCUAUAGCUUUUGUGAUAGCUAUUGAGCAAGGCUUUAAUUUCCCGUGCAACAAGUUUGACACAGUUUUUUACCUGAAACAAAAGCAUCGUAGCACAGAGGCCAAGAAGGCUGUGUAGGUGAGCCAUGAGUAAACAGCUUUGUCUUUGAAAGCUCAGAGUCUUAAGCUGUGCCUGAGCUGAAUGUACCACACUUGAUGAAUGUGCUUCUGUGGACUCUCUUGCCUUCAUGAGGACAGCAUCCGUUCCUUUUUGGAUUUCUGUAACUUAAGACAACACUCCUAAGCCUGUUUUGUAAUGCAGUUUCAGACCUGGCUUGCUCUGGACAGUGCCAGUUCUACUUCUGUAUGUGAAUCUACUUGUCUUUCUGUCAGGAAUUACUCAGAGAGCUCCUGAAGCUCUUGUAAUGUUUGGGGCUUUGUUGGGGUUUCUUGACCCUCUGUGCCUUUACCUGCCUCUGGAAAAUUGCACUGUGACUGUGUUUGUGAAGUUGCAUUUGAUUUGCUGAACUGCACUGUCGAAGACAUGCUGGUGGGCUGAACAUGCAGAUGCUUGCAUAAAGUAGCGCUGUUGGCUUUAGCAGAGCCACUUAGGCCAGAGAGAUCCUGCAAGGUCUGGUCCCAAGGUGUUGGCACUUCAGUGUUAGCAGAUGUUAAGAGUACCUUAACUAACCAGUGAUUCAGUUGUGUUGCCUAUGGGCCCUCAGGCCAGGCAGGACAGUUCCCCUGCACGAGGUUAAGGGUGUCCAUGGCUUGUCUAGAAACAUGGAUGUAACUUCAGAGUGCCACUUUGGUGACAUCCAAAACUGGAAAUCAGCUCUACAUGUACAUUCCUUUGUGCUAGUGGGAGGCUGUGCCCCCAUCCCUUUCCCUGGAAGGCAGCCAUAGCCAGACUGAGUUCCAGGCUGGUGCCUCCCGUUUGGGUUGGAGGGAGGCAGUGGACAAUUGGCCAUUGAGUUCAUCCUAGAUGUGGUGCAAUUGUGAAUGAUUUUAGGAUGCUCUCUACUAGCUGAAGAAGAGGCCUUUUGUAUGCUUUUUUUCCAACUGGUUUUGUGUAGUACUGCUUAACUUAAUUAUGCUGGGAGAAGAAGCAUUUUGACAGCUAAAUAUUACAAAACAAGGUUGAUUGUCUUGGAGACAUCCUUAUAUACAGCAACCUGUGCAGCAGCAUGUCACUGUUCAUUUUCUGAAGGCUGUGGAAGUUCCAAGAAAUAUUCCUAAAGUUUCUUGAAUAAAUUUUAUUUGAAAUAAGAACUGUAA